ACGAGGGCGGAGUAGCGAGUUUUACAGUGGCCAAAGAGAGGUGGCAUCCUGAAGGUGGCCUAAAGGGCCGACUUGGAAUGAAGUCCCGCCACCUGUACUCAGGAAGAAAAUCCUGAGGUGGCCACCCACGGAUUGGGCUGGCCGGAAGGUUGAGAGCCCGCUCAGGUCCACUCCGACUACCUAUCACUGCUGUUCCCGGAUGCGCUGGCAUCCUGCGCCUGCCCUUUCGCCAUUGCCCGUAUCUAUUAGCAUCAAAUCCCGGUUUGUUCGGUAGCAGUGCUUAAGAAUCCAGUCAGCAGGAAGCGCAAAUGAUAGGAAGCGCAAAUGAUGAUGGUUUUGCUGGGUGAACUCUAUGGGUACCCAAAUCCUAGUAAUCCACCCAGCCCCGCGCCCCCAAACAGCGCCUGACCUUUCUGUACGUCACGCAGGAGGCAAAUACCUUCCGAGAGAAUGUUAAAUGUUUAUAAAAGAGCUCUUUUUGAAAGGAGUGCCUACGAGACCGUGUUGAAAUUGAGAUUUGGUUAAGCCAUUGACUGAUUCCCCGACCAUCUCAAUCCGUUGUUAACCCCAAACUCGAGUUCGUACACGUCCCCUUUACUUCCAGGUCAUCCCAGAGGCCAGAGCCGCGACUCUUGUCCAUUUCAGGGAAGCGCAAGGAAAAUUGACUCGCUGGUGGGACACGAGGGCUUGCGGAGCGCGGAGAAGCGAGCCUGCGGACCAGUCCUGGGCCCUACGGUCGCCGGAACUCCUCUUCGGUGUCUUUCUGGGAAGCUGUUUGGCGUUUCAUCCAGGUUAUCAAUCCAGCGAAUGACGCCGGGUGAAUGCAAACUGCUGGGUUUGGAGAAAAAGCAAAAAAUGAGCAAGCGAGACGCUCCUUGCGUUUUAUGAUAACCAAGCUUCAAGCAAAUAAAUUGCCUAGGUCUCACUGCAGUCUUUUCUGCACGAGAGUGCCAAGAGAUCCUGUUCCUAUCAAUUACUGAAGCCAUAGGAAAAAUUUUUCAAAAAUUAAAACUUUACCAUAAUGAGGUCCCCAGCAGCCACCCUUCUGCUUUUCUGUUUCUUUGAAUUUGACUAUUCUAGAUUUAUCAUGUGUUGCCACAUCUGCAAGCUCCCAGGAAGAGUGAUGGGAAUUCGCCUGCUUCGUCUGUCUUUGGUGGUCAUCCUUGUGUUACUGCUGGUAGCUGGGGCUUUAACCACUUUACUCCCUAAUAUCAAAGAAGACAAGAUGCUCACUUUGCGUAGGGAAAUAAAAUCUCAGGGCAAGCCCACCCAGGAUUCCUUUACUCUCAUAAUGCAGACGUACAACAGAACAGAUCUCUUAUUGAGACUUUUAAAUCAUUAUCAGGCAGUGCCAUAUCUGCACAAAGUGAUUGUGGUAUGGAACAAUGUUGGGGAGAAGGGACCAGAGGAGUUAUGGAACUCCCUAGGGCCUCACCCUGUCCCCGUGAACUUCAAAGCACAGACCACAAACAGGAUGAGAAAUCGGCUCCAGGUCUUUCCUGAACUGGAAACCAAAGCGGUGUUAAUGGUAGAUGAUGACUUGCUAAUUAGCGCCCAGGACCUUGUUUUCGCUUUUUCUGUGUGGCAGCAAUUUCCUGAUCAAAUUGUAGGAUUUGUUCCCAGAAAGCAUGUGUCUACCUCCUCUGGUAUCUACAGCUAUGGAGGUUUUGAACUGCAGACACCAGCGUUUGGAAAUGGUGAUCGUUACUCCCUGGUCCUGAUUGGAGCCUCGUUCUUCCACAGCAAAUACCUGGAACUCUUUCAGAGGCAGCCUGCAGCCGUCCAUGCUUUGUUAGAUGAGACACAGAACUGUGAUGACAUUGCCAUGAAUUUUAUCAUCGCCAAGCACACUGGGAAGACUUCAGGGGUAUUUGUGAAACCUGUAAACAUAGCCAAUUUAGAAAAAGAAACUACCGGUGGCUAUUCUGGAAUGUGGCAUCGAGCUGAGCACUUUCUGCAGAGGUCUUAUUGUAUAAACAAGCUUGUUAACAUCUACGACAGCAUGCCCUUAAAAUACUCCAACAUUAUGAUUUCUCAGUUUGGUUUUCCAUAUGCCAAUCACAAAAGUAAAAUGUGAAAGUGAAGCAGACACAAAAACAAACCUCAGAACUGCUUGUUAUUUGAGUAUCUUCCUCGUGCUCUGGUUGGUCUUUUUAUUUAUUUCUUUUUAAGCAACAUCAGGAACUUUUUUUCUACUCCAGAAGUCUCUACAAAGGGGAAGAAUGCAUGGGGCUUCUAGGAUGUACAAUUUACAUGUGCUUCAAAACCCAAUAAGCUGAUAUUAUCCAGAUAGGUCUUGUGAUAAGUCUUCAUUCAUGGAUAUAAUUCCUUGGUCAAAGAAUUUUAUUGUUUACAUGCUCAGACUGUUCGACAGUUUUUUUUAAAUUGAAGUAUAGUUAAUUUACAGUGCCAUGAUAAUGCUCUACAAUUUUGUUUUUUGACUCCUGGCACUUUUCUUAAGGACCUUUAGCAAGCCGUUUCCAGGAUCAAAAUCUCCAGAGAAGUAUUUCUCAGCUUUUUCAUUCAAGGAUGAUUAUUUUCAUCUGAAGCCUGAAAUGCCUCUUUCUCAAAAGACUGUGGUGUAGGGUAAAGCCAUGUGAGGAGAGAAUAGUCUCAAUCCCAUAUAAAAACAAGUGGAGAUUUUGUGACUAUCAGGGUUUCUCUUCUGGUUCUUCCAACCAGCCCUUUCUAGGACUAGCUUGUCCCAGCAUGGUUUUGAUGCAACUAUCAGCGCUUUCUGUGGUUAAGUCUGUUGUGACUGGUUGGAUUAAUUUUAAUAGCUGAAUGAUGUCUAGUUGUUUGCUUGACUUUUGUGAGCAUUUACUGCAUGGAUCACAAAAAAGUGCAGCCUGUAUUUCUUAUAUGCAACUUCUAUGCAGCAAGGAGUUAAUGUGUUACUAGAUUCAGGUCCUGCAUUUUGGCACUGAAUCUGACUUUGAGAUUGUACAUUAAUUUUUAGAUUUUAUAUAAAAGAUGUAUUGUUUAAGAAACAUGCUUAAAGUAACUCUUCUGACAGAGUGAUUCAGUAAGACCAGGCAGAAAUUAAAACCCUUACUAUCUGAUGAUCUUUAUUGUUAUAAAAGCAUCAGUUAUCUCAUGGAUACUAAAAUGUUGUGUGUGUUACACACAAAGUCAGUCUCUUGGAUUCUGAAUUCCCCCUCCGAGCCCCUGCUGCCAAAAGAUUCAGAGAUCAUGAUGAAAUUUGAAUUACAUAGAUGUAGAAAAAAUAAAAGACCUGAGUCAUAGCAGAGAAAUUCCACAGGGAGCCUGCAUCAGUUCAUUGUUAAGUUGCCCACUCUCUGUUACAUGAAUUAGUAUCUGUUCCACACUGUCUGUGUUUGGUCCUUAAUUCACUACUGGUGGAAAGGAAUACUUAAUUAAGCCUCUUUCUGCCACAUUGUCCUCUUCCUAUUCCCCCUCCCUCUCCCAUAUUCCAUAAUGGUCUCAAAAUGGCACAGCUAUGAAAAUAAUCGUGGUUAGCGUUCCAACAAUGAGAUCUCUUGUACAGUUAGCUCCGUGUAUAUUGUUCCUUUACAUGGGCAUGUGUAUGUAUGUUACUGCCAUCUGAGAAAACCAGUAGAACUUGAAGCCUCACUAAAACUCUGUAGUGUUAAUUAUCUGCUUUGUCAAACCUUGAUAGUGAUUUUUUUUUUUUGCCUCUUGAGAUUGACAGAUAAAUAAAAUAAACUUUUACCAUCCAGA